AUGUCUCUAACGUUGAUGAAAAUUGUUGUUCCUAUAUCACUUGUAUUAUUGCUAGUAGUUGUAUCUGAAGCUCUGAUCUUUCCCAAACAAGUACAUUUAGAGGUCACCAAUCGUUUAUCUAAUAAAAGAGAAUUAUACCUUCAUUGCUAUGAAAGAUAUGGUGAUGAUCUAGGCGAGUACAUACUCUUUCCUGGCGGGCAGUUCAUAUAUUCUUUCAAGCCAAGAAUAAUUGGUAAAUCGAGCAAGUAUUAUUGUAGUGUUAAAUGGAUUGGUUCCAAUCUCAAAUGGUUUGAUUUGUGGUCACAAGGAAGGGACAGUAACGCAGGUCAAUUUAUCAAAUGGACCCUAGAAGAGAAUGAAGCUUGUAGGUUUGAUAAUACAGGAUCUAAUUAUCUUUGUGUUGCCUACAAUCCAUGA